AUCCAUCGGAGAUCUAUCUCUGCAUCGCCGCCGGCGCCGUUGCUCUUGUCGCCGCCGUCCCCGUCGCCGGCUGCGCCAUGCUCCGCCUCCGCGAGUGCGUCGUUUCCCGUCUACUCUCUUCACCCUCCACCUCCAGCUCUGCCAUCUUCCCACUCCGCCACCUCCUCUCCGCAGCCGCAGCCCCCAUUUCCCCCGGAUUCGCCGUGGAGGAGUACCUCGUCGCCACCUGCGGCCUCACCCGACCCCAAGCCCUCAAGGCCUUCAAGAAGCUCUCCCACCUCAAGUCCCCCGCCAAACCUAACGCCGUCCUCGCCUUCUUCUCCGGCCUCGGCCUCUCCGGCGCCGAUGCCGCCGCCGUCGUCACCAAAGAUCCGCUGUUCCUCCGCACCAAGGUGGACAAAACCUUGGCCCCUAAGGUCGUCGGGCUCACUGGCCUAGGUCUCUCGAGUCCUGACAUCGCCUGCCUCGUCUCCCUCACCCCCGACUGCUUCCGCUCCAGAAACAUCGUCUCCAAGCUGCACUACUACCUGCCCCUCUUCGGCUCCUUCCACAACUUCCUCCGGCUGCUCAAGCGCUCACCCCGCCUUCUGUCAUGGGACCUUAACAAGGUGGUCAAGCCCAAUGUUGUGUUUCUGAGGGAGUGCGGGCUAGGUGAUUGUGAUAUUGCCAAGCUGUGUAUCCAUGCGCCGAGGAUGCUCAGCACCAACCCGGAGCGUGUCCGGGCGAUGGUGGCAUGCGCGGAAGGUAUAGGCGUGCCCCGUGGCUCUGGGAUGUUCAGACAAGCGCUAUGCGCUGUCACAUUCCAAACCAAGGAGAAGAUUGCCGCCAAAAUGGAGUACUUGAAGACCACCUUCAGGUGGUCUGAUGCCGAAGUGAGCAUGGCUGUGCGCAAGUAUCCGGGUGUGCUGAGGAAGUCAAAGGAAUCUCUGAAGCACAGGUCCGAGUUCUUCUUCUCUGAGGUGGGGCUGGAACCGGCGUACAUUGCUUAUCGUCCGGCGUUGUUCUCUUAUAGCAUGGAGGGCCGAAACAGACCCAGGUACUAUGUUAUCAAGUUCCUUAAGGCAAAUGGAUUGUUAGAUCAGUACCGGGACUACUAUAGCAUAGUCAUGCUGAGUGAGAAGGUAUUUGUGGAGAAGUUCAUAUGCCCUCACAAGGAAGCUGCACCACACCUCGCUGAAGACUAUGCAACCGCUUGCAAAGGGGAAGUACCGACUAAUUUCAGAUUCGUAUGAACAAAGAAGGGCUAUGGAAUUGGUUACAGCCUAUGGCACACCAAAGUUAUCACCCUGCCUGUAAGCUGGUACUUCCUGCUUCGGUGUUCUUUCCCUAAGAUGAUGUUGGUUGUUUACUGUAGUAUGCCUGUUAUAUGCUAGUUAGUCAUUGCUAAAUGCCAGCUCCUUAUGAAACUGAUAAUUUGAUUCCUGAACCCCCAUAUGUUGAUGUUGUCAUUUCUUAGAGAAGAUCUCUGUAAAUUAGAAGUCCAUGGAUAUAUAUUUGAUUCCGACUUCCAUUGAAGGUCAUGCAAUUUGGAUGUGUGGGUGGA